AUGGAGGAGCAGCGCGAUGGUGAGUCCGGCGGCGAUGCGAUGGCGGGAAGGCCACAUUGCCGCGACAUCGAGGUAAUGGUAGAAAAUAAUAUUGUUGAUGAUUGUGGUUGGAAGCCGAAAGUGGGAAUGCCAUUUGACUCUGAACAAGCCGCAUAUGACUUUUACAAUACGUAUGAGGGAAAGGUGGGCUUUAGUAUUAAGAAGGCCUAUGCAAAUAAGAACAGACAGACGAAGGAGAUAACAUCACGUACGUUUGUAUGUUACAAAGAGGGAAGUUGGGGUAUUGACAAACGAGAUCCACUUGUCAAAAAAUCCAAGACAAGAGAUUGCAUUCAUAUGUUGCCAUCCCAAAGAAAAAUAUCUACCACCCAAGCAAUUGAAGUAGAAUUAGCUUCACAAUCUGGAAUUCCUCUUAGGUCUGCUUAUGAACUAUUUGGUAGGGAAUCUGGUGGAAGAGCAUCACUUGGUUUCACCAAAUUGGACCAAAAAAAUUACCUAAGAUCGAAGAGACAAAAAGAUUUGGAAUAUGGGGAAACGGGUAGUGUGUUGCAUUACUUUCGUAAGAAAACUGUAAAAAAUCCAUCUUUUUUUUAUGCAGUACAAUUAGAUUGUGAUGAGCAGAUAAGUAAUAUAUUUUGGGCUAAUGCUCAAAUGAUCAUGGACUAUGCUCAGUUUGGUGAUGUAGUGACAUUUGACACUACUUACAAACUAAAUAACGAGCAUAGACCUUUUGGAUCAUUUGUUGGAUUUAAUCAUCAUCGAGAAACAGUUAUAUUCGGUGCAGCGUUGAUGUAUGAUGAGACUGCUGAAUCUUUUACAUGGUUGUUUCAAAUUUUUUUGGAGGCAAUGUCAAACAAAGCCCCGAAAACUAUUUUCACAGAUCAAGAUGCUGCGAUGGCUAAGGCCAUUCCAAUUGUCAUGCCCGAUACAAACCAUCGUCUUUGUACGUGGCAUUUGAUGCAAAAUGCUGUCAACUAUGUAACUUCUGUUUUCGAUGAUGUAGGGGUGAAGGCUGUGUUUUCAAAAUUUAUGCAUGACAUUGAUGAUGAUGAAGAAUUUCGAAUACAGUGGGACCAAAUGCUUGAUAAGUAUGAUGCAUUCGACAAUCAUUGGUUGGAGCAGACGUUUCACGUGAAGGAGAAAUGGGGAUGGCCAUAUAUUAUGAAUUCUUGGGCAGCUGGAAUGAGUACUACUCAACUUAGUGAAUCCUUUAAUACAUUUCUGAAAGAUUAUCUGAAUUGUGACCAUAACUUGAUGGAGUUCUUCAAGCAUUUUGAGAGGGUGCUUUAUGAGAAGAGGUAUAAGGAAUUGGAAGCCGAGUAUAAUUUGUCCCAAAAAUUGCCGAGGGUUUCAAUUCCAACUGUGAUGUUAAAGCAAGUGGCAGAGAUUUACACGAAAACAAUAUUUGAGGAAUUCCAAAAUGAGUAUGUGCAGUCCAUUGAAGCAUCCAUUAUAGGCACUACUAAUGAUGGUGAGAGCACCAAAUUCACAAUAAGAACAAUGGUAGAUGGGAAAAAAAGAUAA